CAGAGGCGCCAUGGACCUGGUCAUUACUCAGGAGCUGGCCCGCGCUGAGAGCCACCAGGAUGCCACCUCCCUGAAGAGAGCGUACGAGUUGAUUAAGUCCGCCGACCUGGGGAAAUCCGAGUUUGACCCCACCGAGAGCUUCAGCCCCGACCUGUUGGUUCUGUGCGCCGAGCAGGCCCUGAAGAUGGGGCAGCCGGAGGUGAGCGAGGACUGCAUCCAGAUGUACUUCAAGGCGAAGGGGCCGGUCACCCAUUUUCUGGGCCGAGCGCACCUGUGCAGGGCCCAGCUGUGUGCCCCCAAGUCCACCGAAAAUCUGGAGGAGUUUGAAAAUUGCGUGACUCAGUACAUGAAAGCGAUCAACUUUGCGAAAGGAGAACCUAGGUAUUACUUCUUGGUCUAUAACGCCUCGGUCCUGUACUGGCAAAUGGUGAGGCCCUUUCUCAAGCCUGGGUAUUAUCAGUAUGUGAUCCCCAGCCUCUCCCAGAUCGUGAGCGUGUUAAACCAGACGGAGGAGGAGGACAAGGACUGGCAGGCGGAGCUGAUGCUGGAGCUGCUGGAGUGCUACCUACAGGCUGGAAGGAAGGAGGAGGCCGCGAAGCUCUGUCCCACAGCAGCGCCGUUCAUAAAAGAGCACGCGCCGCACAGAUACCAGCAGAUGUUUUCUGUGAUGGUACGUCAUGAAUUGAUGGACGAGCAUCAGUUACAGGAAGAAAAGAAACGUUCCAUUAACCUGGCCAUCACUUUCCACAUUAACUUUCUAAAACAAAAAUUGGAUAAGAAUGAUUUACCUGAAGAUGCCAACAAAAUUCUGAAGAGCACCUAUAAACAGUUAGAUCUCUAUAAUCACCAGAGCCCGCCUCCGACGGAAGAGGAAAAAUUCUUCCUGCUUUUUGAAUUAGCUCAUCUUUCUCUGACCUUGAAAUGUGAGGAUGUCGCCGUCAGCUGCCUCUCAGACCUGAAGGACAUUGACAGCAAAGACCCUGGGAAGCUGAUCGAGAUUGAGUGCUUGGAGUACGAAUUAGAAGCUCUAAGACUCGAAAGUAAAAUUAAAAUCUACAUUCGAGUGGCUGUGGAGACUCAGCUGAACAUCAUACAGAGACUGGAGGUCGUGCUGCAGCGAGCCGUCCGCCUGGGCGACCCCCAGGCCAUCCACGUGGUGUGCACCACGCAGUGGAACCUGUGUCUCCCGCUGCUGCAGCACAACCUGCGGCACCACCUGCGCAAGCCGCUGACCAACAUCGCGGAGAUCCUGGAGAAGAUGGACAGCCUCAUGGUCCUGCUUCGGUGCCAAGUGCACAUGGAGAUGGCGCGCAUCGAGGAGGACGAGGACCGCCUGGAGCCCGCCAUGGAGCACCUGCAGAAGGCCAUGCGCCUGGACGGCCAGGGCCUGUACCAGGAGAAGCUCAAGAUGGCCUUCAACCGGCUGCGCCUCUGCUCCAUGCUGUACCAGUCCCCCGAGCGUGCCGAGGACAAGGCCAUCAUGGCCAUCGAGCAGGCAAAGAAAGCCAUGCCCAAAGACAGCGUCCGGAAGAAGCGGGCCCUCCUGGUGAACGCGGGCCUGGCCCUGGCCCCCGACACCUUCCAGAUCGUGCUCGACAGCGAGAACGAGACCAAAGUUUCCAUCGGGAGAAACAGGGGCCGGUUCACCGCCCUCUACGCCAAAGCGCGGCACCACAUCCUCAGCGUGGAGAAAGCCGCCGGGCACUUGCGGCGCUUGGGGAAUGAGAAUGAAAAGGAGAGAGUACAGAUUUGGGCAGAGCUGGCCAAGGUUGCCCGGAAGCAAGGUGUGUGGGAUGUUUGCCGGACGGCCAGCCGCUUCUGCCUCCUGUACGACAGCGUCAAGGUGAAGAAGAUGGCGCGGGCGAAGAAAGGAAAGAAGAAGCGGGGCACGGACGGCUCGAUUGAUGCCAAGGCCCAUUCGCAGGUCCUGCUGCAGCGGCCGGGGUCCCCCAGCCUGCUGCGGAAGUUCGCAGAGGUGGGGUUCAUCAGCGCCGAGGCCACUGUCCACUUGCUCCAGUCAGAGGGUGUGGAGCUCAAUGACCAUCCCAAACCCACCGAGAACCUGAGCCAGCACCCGACAGGCUAUGUGCUCGAGUCCCCCGAGGAAAACUCAGAGUGGAACACGUACAAGAGCUGGAUCGAGAGCCUGUCGCAGUACGCCAUGAACAGCUGGCUGCGGUCCGCGGAGAUCGGACAGGAGAUCCAGGAGCCCUGGAUCGUGCAGAACGCGAUGGUGUACGUCCUGAACCACAACCACCAUCUCAUCAUGGCCGGGCGGCAGAAGGAGCUGGUGGACGCCUUGUACCACCUCCUGACCAUCGUCAAGGCCGUCGGCCACAACGGCGACUCCCUCACGUUGGCGAUGCUCUGCAACGCUUUGGCUCGAGGCCUAAUUAUCAGCUGGAUCCCAACCCAGGUGCCAGAAAAAUCUAGAAAAGUCAUCCGACCAAACACGUCACACACACCACUGGACUCGGGAGCCAUCUCUGAGAUCAGAACGGCGGUGGAGGUCUGCGAGUUUGCCCUGACCCUGACCAACGGGACGGUGCCCGAGGAGGUCGUGCCCAUCGAAGCCCGGCAGCAGCUCAUCGCCACCUGGGUGAAGGCCAAGCAGCUGCUGCAGCAGCAGAUCGGGACGAGGCUGGGCACGGAGGAGCAGGGCACCAACGAGGACAUCAACGCCGUGACCAGAGUCCUUGUCGCCCUGGAGAUGUAUUCCUGCAACGGGCUGGGCCUCAUGGACUUCACCGUGCCCUCCUUGGCUAACCUUCAGAAGAUGGUCUCCGAGUGCAACUGGACGGACCCCCUGGUCCAGCUGCAGACCCUGGCCCGCCUGAGCCACUUCGCCUACGCAGCCCACGACCACGAGGUCACCAUGGUGUGCUCGCAGAAGGCCAUCCAGAUGGGCAUCAAGUACCUGAAGAUGUUAAAUCCGGUCCAGGCUCAGCUGGUGGCAGAAAUGCUGAGCGCCAGCGCCUGCAUCCAGGGCAGGAGCAUCAUGGAGAACCUGAAGGGGCGGAAGCAGCUGCGCCUGUCAGCCAGCAUGGCCUUCUUCGAGAGCGUGAGGUUUGGGGGCAUGGCGCAGAGCAACGCCCUGGUGAUGCUGGCCGCACGGCACUACUGGAACACCCAGCUCCCACUCCUGUCCUCCGCGGCCAACAGGAAGAAAGCCAGGCACAUCAUCCAGAGGAUCGUCAACAUCAUCAACAAGACGGAGACCAAAACCCAGGAGAAAGGGGACGUGCAGCUCCUGCACCAGUGGCCGACCGCGGACCUGCAGAGCGGAGGCACCUCCGAGGGCUCCUUCCUCCCAGGUGCCGAUGAUGACCUGUCCCUGCGGGCCGCGCUCUACGGGCUGCUGUUCCACUGCCACGCCGACCAUGAGGACUGGGAGGGCGGCCUGAAGGUGCUGGACGAGGCCGUGCAGAUACUGCCUCGGACCGCGCACCGCCUCUUGAUUUUCAAGCAUAUGGUCCUCGUGAAGGCCAAGCUUGGCCAGAAUUUUACAAUGGAAAUACAGAAGUUUAAAGACGAGAGCGAAGAUUACUUGGCCCACAUGUGGCACCGCCUGGCCUUGAACUCAAAGAACGUCUACGGAGAGCUGACCUGCUAUCAGAACGCCAUCCAGGCCUUGCAGAAGCCGGAGAGCGCCUGGCAUAAAGUCGACUACAUCAUGGAGUUCAGCGAGUGGCUGUAUUACCAGCAGUUCCCCAUCGAGGACGUGACCUUCCACCUGAACUGGGCCAUCGACAUCCUUCUGGGGAUGAAACCUUCCAGGGACACACCUGAGCCAGCAGUCGGGGCGCCCUCUCUUCCAGGAGAGCCCUCGUUCGUGCAGGAGGCCCCGGAGAGCCUGGGGUCUGAGCACUUGGGGACAGUCUUCUUGGAGAAGCUGCGGAACGUGAGGCAGCUGGAGGCGCUGGCCCGCGCCCACAUCCUGCUGGCCCUGGUGGGCACCCCGAGCGCCGCCGGCUACCAGGACUACUGCCUCAUGGCCUACACCUUCCUCCGGCACAUCUGGCAGGUUUCUUUAUUAACAGCAGGAAAGUCAUUCUCAGAAAGUAAAAUCCUAGCAGCAGUUAGUUCCAAUUUGUUGCUUAAAAAAGAGAAGGAGAAGGUCAAGGACAGGGACAAAGAGAAGAGCAAAGACCCGAAGCAGGUAACGGUUUCUCAGAGGUGCAGGCAGCACAGCCGAGGGCCGGGCCCCCGCGGACACUGCUCAGCGCCCCAGGCUAUUCAAACCCCGCUUUCCGGCAAAGAGGUGGAAGAGCCCCCCGCGAGCGUGGAGGCGUGGGCUUCCUACUUCUGCCACGAAGAGGUGAUAGCCUUCUUCAGGCAGGACAGGAGCAACUUUACCGUGAACAUAUCCAGCAUCCAGAGGCCGACAUACACUUUGUAUUUUCUGGACCAUCUGGUCAAGGCCCUGCAGAAGAUGUCCCUCCAUGAGCUCACAAUCCCGGUCCUGCAGUUGGGCGUCCUGAUUUCAGCUUGCGUGGUGGACAGCAAGAGCCUCAAAGAUCUCUACCACCUCCGGCUCGCCCUGGUCUGCUCCGACCUGAAGCUGAGAGAAGCAGCGGCCCUGCACGAGGACGCGGCGGCCCUGCACGAGGACGCGGUGGGGCAGGUCUACAUCGGGGAAUCGGAGCAGUCCAGCUGCAGAAAGGAGAUUGCCCUGAGGAAGGAGAAGACCAGGGAGCCGUUGCUGGAAGAAAGCCUGCCGACGCUGACCGAGCCCCCGCCUGCCGUGCCGCCAGGGGAGAUACGGCCCCUCGUGGCGAAGGACCAGAUUCUGAAGAUGAACGGAGAGACGGGGCGAGGCCUGGAAGGCACGUCCUUUCCCCUCCUGUGGACCCUCAAAGCGGAAGUUCUGCUUGACAUGGAUUUGUACCAGCCCGCGCGGCUGCUCCUGUCCGAGGCGCAGCAGGCCUUCCAGGAGCUUAAGGAUCCUUGUGCAGAAGCCAGAUGCCUGCAGCUGCUGGCCCAGUUGGCCAACAAGGAGAAAAACUACGGCCAAGCCAGGAAGAUGAUUGAGCUUGCGCAGCGCCUGGGCGGCGGCGAGGAGUUCUGGUACCGGUCCACGCUGACUCUGGCAGACACGCUCUUGUCCAUGGGGAAGGAAGGAAAAGAAGUGAUGGCCUGCCAGCUGUUCCAGAGGCUCAUCGAGGUCUUCGGGGUGCUCAAGAAACAACGACCCAACCGCACGCCCGUCCUGGAAUUCAUGACCACAGACCUGGAGGCCAGGAGCUUGAACCUCCGGAUCCGAGUCGCCCAGGAGUCGCUGGGCAGCGAAUCGUCUGAAUUCCCGUUUUUGCUGAGCGAGCUGUAUGAUCAAUUGUUGGAAAUUGAGGAAAAGUUUGUCAACUGUGGCUACAAAGAGAACUGUGUGGACAUAAAGCUGGAGCGGGGGAAGAUAAAGAGGCUGUGCGCCCAAAUGGAGCCGGACGAGGACCGGAGGGCCGCGUACUACCUGGAGGCCUACGACGUGGCGCAGAGCGCCGUGGCCGAGGAGGAGGAGCUGGUGCACAGUGUCCAGAGCCUCCUGGCCCUUCAAGACCAAACGGACGCUGAGCCUCGCCAGAGGCUCCGGGGUCUGACCUGUCCCCAAACGCGUCAGUUACAGAACGUCAACACGCCCCUGGCGAGGAAGCUGGCGCACCUCAAGCUGAACCUGGUGGACGUGUACCUGGACAUGUUUCAGCUGGUCUGGGAGGAGCCCCUGGAGCGCGAGCUGCGGCAGGACUCCAUGGAGAAGCUGCUGGCCGACUACCUGCAGAGCGUGAGCGACUUGACCACCAGCGGCCUGGGAUGGUUCACGCUGAAGCGGAUUCUGGCCCACGUCGCCCUGGCGCAGCUGGGGAGCCUGCAGCUGCUGAGCGUCAGCUGUGUGGAGAUCCGCGCACGGCUCCUGGGCCUGGUGGGCCGGGCCUUGCGCCUGCUGGCCAUGCAGGCGGACCCCGUGCGCCCCACAUUCUACUGGGAGGAGAGCCUCCUGAUGGGAACAGAGCACAGCAGCCUCAAGUAUCUGGUGAUAACCCCGGACGAGGGGGACAGCGACGAGCAUGGCAGCAGCCAGCCAGCCUCCAGGACGGUCCCUGAGGAGCGGAGCAGGAAAAGCUCAGAGCUGAAGAGGAGGAAGGUGCUGGCCCAGCAGUACCUGGCCCAGGCGACUGAGGUGUUGCUGCAGUGCCUGCAGGUGGCCCUGGGAAACAGCCUCCUGGAGGUUGCAAGGGCCGCCAGCCUGGAGAUGGUGGAGUGCAUUGGCACCCUGGACCCCACGGCCACCUGCCAGUUCCUGAUGCUGUCUCAGAGCUGCUCAGUGUCAGAGAUGAUGCGGGGCGUCCUGCUCUCAGCCACGGCCAACACCAGCAGCUCGCAGCUGGCGGCCCUGCUGCACCUCGAGGACAGGCUGAAGCGCCAGGAGCGGACCUCCACCAGCCAGUUUGCCAGUGUGGAGCAGAGGCUGGCUGCCAUUUCCAAGGCGUGGCAGAACCUCUCGGUCACUGAACAACAUUUUAACCACUUAAAUGAGAUUCCUCCCACUUUUCGGAUCCUCUCUCUGCACCACUCCCCUGACAGGACCCAUCUGUAUGGUGCUGUCUAUGAGAAACCCAAGUUCAUCCCCACAGCCAAAGGGAAGUUGGUCCAAGUCGGGGACGCCUGCAAGGUGGCGCGGGUGGCUGUGAGCCCGGCCGCCUUGUCUGGCCUGGUGGCCAGCGCCCAGCAGUUCCGGGAGCAGAGCCAGGCUGAGGUGUGCAGCAGGGACAGAGCCCUGAUCUUCGGCCUGAAAUCAGAAGGCGCGAACCCUGAAAGGCAGAGGUACCCUCUCCUGAGACUCAGCGACAUCCUGAAGGCCACGGAGGACUACCUGCGCCCGCUGCUCUCGCUGCUCCGCAGCCCCGAGCCCAGAAUCCACAUCUCGUCGACCAUUGGGGAUUUGGGGAAAGCAAAGCCCAAAGACAAGGAUCGGAAGCAGUCCGUCGUCCCAGGGUUGGCCACGCCGGCAGCCAGCUUCCUCCCACCUCCAGUGGAGCCCGAGACCGUGGACACCGUGGUCCUCAUUGUGGACAGGCCGCUCCUGGAGCUGCCACUGGAAGGCCUGCUGGUGCUCCGCGAGGGGGCCAUCUCCUCCGUGUCCCGGGAGUUCUCCCUGCAGAUGUUCUACAACCACCUCCACCAGGAGGAGGCAGAACGGACCACGAAAAAGGGCAGCAAAGGCAAAGAGUUGAAGAGGAGAGGCCCAGGGAAGAAGAGCCGGAAGGGCAGCGCGCCCCGAGUCAUCCCUCCCGACGCCAUCUUGGUCGACGCGGACAACUUCAAGUAUGUCGUGGACCCCUUCGAGGAGGCCCAGGGCCCAGGAACGUGGCUGCCUGUCUCCGUAACCCGGGAAAUUUUGGAUAAAUACAAAGAGUCGUUCACCGCGCGAUGGGUGGGACAUCUGGGAAAAAAGCUCUUUCCGAGCCAGGCCGAGUGGGAGCAGCUGCUGGGCCGCUGCGAGGGCUUCUUCUUCUACGGGAUGGAGAACUUCCUGUCGCACUUGUCGGUGGAAAGGUUGGCUGCCAUGAACUUGGAAGACUGCCGGCUGAUGGUCCUGCUGGACCUGAGCCGGUCCUACGAGAGCAUGCGGCGGACGCUGGAGUCCUCGGAGCACAAGAGGUGCGGGUGGCCCUGCUGGCAGCCCGGCUUGUGGAGGCUGCUGGGGGGCGUGGGGGGCAUAUGA